AGGCACUAGAAUGUGAGAUCUGGUCAUGAUAUAGAGGGUGAAUGGAGUGGGGUUCAGGAUGAAUUCUGAAGACUCAACAGCCCCUAACAGCCAAUUUACUUUUCACAGAAUUCACGGAUCCAGAAUACGAUUGAGCAAUAGCAGUAAAACAGCAACCAGGCUUGAAGCAGCAAAGUUCUACGAUAAUGGAGUUGUGUACUCUGCCCUACCACUUUCAGGACAUGCUAAAUUUGUUGUCCAGGCCCAAGAACUUGCAGUUGGAUGGAGUGGAAGUUUUAAAAUAGGAGUGAUUCUCAUUUCACCCGAGGUCUUCAAAGAUGGUUUCCAACCACCAAGUUCAUCCAGUCGGUAUUGGUUGACACAAGAGCGUUUUGUAACUGAAUGUUGCUUCCCCUUCCUUCAUCGGUACCGGUACUCUCCAGCUAUGCCUCACUCGUGGGUCUGGAGCAGUCUGUCACUGCAUGUCGGACAGGACCUCAAGAUAUCUUACGGGUCUGUUAACUUGGAGGAUCUCAAGAAGGGUGAUAAGUUGGGAAUGGAGAUAAGCCGAGAGGGAACACUACAGUUUCUAGUAAACGACAGGAGCCAGGGUGCGGCAGCUACUAAUGUCUACUCUACUGACAAACUGGUUUACGGGUUCGUGGACCACUACGGCCAGGCUGUGACCAGUACUAUCGCUGAAGCGUUCGUGAAUCCCUUCUCACUACAACAUCUCUGCAAGAGGAAAAUCCUAACGGGGCUAACGAGCAAUGUGUCCAAAUUGGAGCCUUAUCUACCAACUCCUCUCAUAGCUUUUUUAGCGGACACCUGAACGCGACAAUAUGUUUUUGAUUUUGUUAUUUAUUUGUAAUUUAAAGAAACCGGUGAAUUUGGGGAAAUGAAUUAGCGAACCGCAUGUCAUAUGUUUUUUAUGUUUGAUAGAUUUUAUAC